CCGCCUCGCCGCGCCUCGCCUCGCCUCUGCUCGCCGGCUGCCUCGCUCGCGGGCCGGCUGGAGCGUCCCCGCCGGGGAGCAGGAAGGAGGGCGGACCAGCAUCCGAGGGGCCGGGCCGGAGAGGAUCGGGUGGCGUCGCCGGAGCCGGGCGGCUGCGCUGCGCCCUCCCCUAUUGUCUCCGCUCGGCCCGGGGCUGGCUCGGGCUGCCGCCGGCGCGGCGCAGCGGGCUCGGGGCGCCAUGGUGGCUCGGAGCACAGACAGCAUUGAUGCAACAGGCGAGGGACAAGUUCGUACUUUGGGGAAUGCCACCAGCAACCUCAAGGGAAAGCCAACCAAGAGACUUUCCAUCACCCGAGGCCACUUCCCCAAGCUGACUGAUUGUGCCCAUUUCCACUAUGAGGCCGUGGACUUUGGACACAUCCAGCUUCAGUUUGCCCCUGAUCAAAAUGAAAACCUCAACAGUUUGGAGGAGGGCAGCCUGUUGUUUCCUGUUCAGGUAACCUGUCAGGGGAAAAGUUGGCAGGUACAUCGCAGCUAUGAGGAAUUCCGCACAUUGGAUGCUCACUUGCAUUGCUGUAUCUUUGACCGGCGUUUCUCUCAGCUUCCUGAGCUGCCAUCCCUCAGCCAUGUGCAAGCUCAUCCUGAGCUGCUGGUGCCCAUGCUUUCACAGUAUCUCGAGAAGCUUUCUGAUAUUGUGGAUAGCAAUAUCAAUUGCAGCCCGGUUCUCACCUGGAUGGAGAUUGAUAAUCAUGGCAACCGACUGUUGGUGAAUGAGGAAGCUUCGAUCAACGUUCCUGCCAUUGCAGCUGCUCACGUGGUUAAACGUUACACUGCGCAAGCAUCUGAUGAGCUCUCCUUUGAGGUUGGAGACAUCAUUUCCGUGAUUGACAUGCCUCCGAAAGAGGAUAGGAGCUGGUGGCGUGGGAAACAUGGAUUCCAGGUGGGUUUCUUCCCCAGCGAAUGCGUGGAGCUAUUCUCAGAACGUCCUAGCCCAGGAGUCAAACCAGAUGCAGAGGGGACAAGCUGUGCCCUCCCCAGGACUCAUGGCCUCCUCUCCCCAACCUCAGUGUCUAAGAAACAUGGCAAGCUCAUUGGGUUUCUUCGUACUUUCAUGAAGUCUAGGCCCAGUAAACAGCGCCUGAAGCAGCGGGGAAUCCUCCGGGAGAGGGUUUUUGGCUGUGAUUUAGGAGAACACCUCAAAAACUCAGGCAGUGAUGUCCCCCAGGUAUUACGUUCUUGUUCCGAUUUCAUUGAGAAGCACGGCAUCGUGGAUGGCAUUUACCGUCUCUCUGGUGUCUCCUCCAACAUCCAGCGUUUGCGGCAUGAGUUUGAUAGCGAGCGGGUGCCUGAACUCUCCAAAGACGUUUACUUGCAAGACAUCCAUUCGGUCAGCUCUCUCUGCAAGUUGUACUUCCGGGAAUUACCAAACCCUCUGCUCACCUAUCAACUCUACAACAAAUUUGCUGAGGCUGUAUCCGUUUCUGGGAAUGAAGAUCGCUUAGUGCGGGUACAUGAUGUUAUCCAGCAACUACCCCCACCGCACUAUCGGACCUUGGAAUUCCUGCUGCGGCAUCUGGCACGCAUGGCUAUGCACAGUCAAAACACCAGCAUGCAUAUCCGCAACUUAGCCAUCGUUUGGGCACCCAACCUGCUGCGGUCAAUGGCUCUGGAGUCAGUUGCACAAUGCGGAGCUGAUGCCUUUCAGGAAGUCCGAGUUCAAUCCCUUGUGGUCGAAUUCCUCCUCUCUAACGUUCAGGUUCUCUUCAGCGACACUUUCACUUCCAUUGGCAAGGACAGCACAGGGCGUUCCUUCCUUCCUCGACCGAAAUCCCAGUUGGUCAGCUGCCCUUCCACCCGCUUGCUAUCCCUUGAAGAAGCACAAGCACGCACCCAGGCCCUCUGCAAAAUCACCAGGCUAGAAGCCAGACGUGGAUCCCCGGAUCUGCAGGAGCAAGGGAAGCUCUCUGCUGUCUUGGGAUCACCUAACACUAGGCAAAAGACGGAAAAUAAUGGAAGGCUACGGAAGAUCUCAGGACCUAGUUGGAAGACUUUCUUUGCCAUUGGGAAGGCACCAGUCCCAUUCCGCAAAAAAUCCCAUAGAUUGGGAGAGCUUUUCGGGCUUGGAGAAUCUUUACCUGGGAGUCAGGGUGAGACAGUCACCUUGCGAUCAGCCAAAAGUGAAGAAUCUCUAACAUCUCAGGCCAGUCUAACAGGUCUCCCCAAAUUGCCUUGCCUGAGACGUCCACAUUCCAGCAGUGAUGCUUUCCCUACUCUCAAACAAUGCCACUCAUGUUCCUCCCUGUGUUCUUCUGUGUCUGGCCAUGGUGAAGGCUUGGCCACUGGGACGGAUGAUGUGGCUUCCCGUCGGCGUUCCUCUUGGCUGGAAGGUGACUCAGAGCUAGACUCAGAGUUGGAAUUAAGUCCUCCUGGACUUCGUGGGCUGGACUUUGAUCCAUUAACUUACCAGUGUAGUCCUCCUGCACAGCAGCCCUCGCUCUCCGAUGACUCCAGCUCACCGAGUCCUGUUGCGGCUCUCUCACCCUGCUCGCAUCCCAACGUUAGCCAAGAUACAUCAGAGCCAUUGCCUGUCUCCUUGCCUGACAAGGUGCUGGAAAUGUUUGCGGGUGGAGAGGCCAGAGGGCUAAGCAUGCAUGCCUCCCCUCCCCAUAUGAUCUCCAUGCUCCUGAGUACAGCUGGUGGGCAGCUCAGCAACACUUGUGAAUGCGAAGUCCGUGGCAAGAUUACACAAGCCAAAGGUCGCAUGUCUCCACCCAGUCCAAAGUCUGAAGCAGCUCCCACCUCUCCUGGUGCGCUGUCCCUGCUGCGGCACAUCCCUCCACCUCCUCCGCCCAAGAACCCGGCUCGCCUGAUGGCCCUGGCGCUGGCUGAGAGCGCGCACCAGGCAGCCUUACAGCAGAAGCGACAGGCCAGCCUUAAGCAGAGGGAACCCCGAACGCACUUCCGGCGCUCUCUAUCGCUGGAGUGCAAGGCAGGGGAGCUGACAGGCGGAGCACAGGCACUGUACUCCAUGGUGCGCCCGAGCCCCAAGGCCCCCGGCCUCUCUUCUCUCCAGGUGCAGGCCAGGGGCAGGAGCAUCGGCAGCCAGUGCUGCAACCUCCCGGGAGGAAUCCAGGUGCCUCUCAGCCAGGCUUCUCCCUUGGGUAGCUCGGAUUCCUUUUCCCCUUACCGGAGGGUCCUUACUGACCUAGGCCAGAGAGACCCUCCACCACUUUCCUUCUCGGACCCCUACCACCUGUCCUCCCUGUCUCCUGCCUACAGCUUGCGUCAUCCCCCACCGCCUCCCCUGUCAGUCCCGUAUCCUGCCUUCCGCCAGCCUCAAGAUGCCUUUCCGUCAUCCAGCCUGUCGGCCGCCCCGCCCAAGCCCCCGCCUCCGCCCCACUUUCCCAUAAUGGCCAGUCACUUGCCCCUCAAAACGAGGCCCUCUACUUUCCAGGCCUGCAUCCCGGACCAUCCUCUCCGGCAUCACGGCCGCUUCCCGGUCUCCCCUCGAGUGGGGGUCAGUGGGAGUCCACCUUCUCAGCUGGAACAUGAGAAUCUCUAUUAUGAGAUUGUGGGGGAGCCUCCUGCGUAUCCCGGUCUGGCACGCCCGUGGCCGUCUUGCCCCCCGCCUGAGUAUUUGGCCACUUUCAAUGCCUCCUAUGGGAUCUUCGAGAGGCCCUGGCGCCAGCCCCAGCUUCCCCCAGCUCCCUCCUCCCUUCAGCCCACCUUAAAGAAUCCCCAGCUGCAAAUCCAGUCUGUGCCUCCAGCAGUAACCCGACAGGAACCCAUCUACGUCAACGUGCCCUUCCCCGAGCCCCCUUUGGUCAGCCCCACACCCCUCCCUCCACCAGAAGUGGCCCACCCCCGCAGUCAUUCUGACCCUGGGGCUCCUCGGGCCUUGCCCCAGCCCAGCAGACCUCCGUUGCCUCAGAAGCAGAAGCUGGGUUGGGGCUAUGCACCCUCAGGGCCAUACCGCCAACUGAUGGAUGUUUUGCCCUGCAGUCGUGCUGUGUGGCAGUUCUACCGUCCUCCCUCUGCAUGUUGGGGUCAUCCCUCUUAUGGUCCAGAACCCAUCAUCACCUACGAUGGGCCCGCCGCCCGCUUGGGGAGCCAGGCCUCAGCACCCUUGACGAAGCUGGAUGAAUCUUCCCCGCAGUACGGCAAUGUGGAAAGGAGAGAGGGGUCUCCAUCCGGGUGCUACCUGGGGCCCAGUUGGACAGUGUAUGCUGAGGGCCAGACACACAGCUACUGCUGAGAGAUGGUGACCAGAUGCACACCUUGGACUGGAUUCUCGGGGCUGGGCUCCAGGUUUCUGUCCUCUCUCUCUCACCAGUAUUCAUGGGAUUAUCAUUUACUGAUGGCUGUGAAAAAAACAAAGACCUUCGAAGGAUAUAUCACACUAGGUUAGUGUGAUGUCACAUCUUUGGCUCCCUCGUUGGCCAUUGUGCCUGCCUCGUUUGGAGGACUUCUCUACGGUUUGGAGAGCACACGAAUCUUUCAAGGCAGCUCCUCUUCCUGCAGGAUGUCUCUCUCCAGAGAAUCAGCAUGACAUCACAGAAGGACAUCUGAUUGCAUCAUUUCAGCCUUUGGGGCACCUUAAUGGCUCUGCCAAUUGCAUUGUGUGUCCAACCUCCCGUUUUUGUUACCUGCCGUGUUGCUUUUUUCCACCAUGCCAUCUCUCCAACAAUGGAUUUCUAACCUCAGAGGGGCGGGUUUGGUUCAAAUGGGAUGACUGCAGCUGAUUCCUUCUGGAUUACAUCAUCUCUUCUGCUUUGGCCAUGUGAAUCACAACAGGAUGUCUGGAAUCCAGCCAGUGCUGCUAACCAUGCUCAUGUCAUGCACUGAACUGACACAGAGGGGCACUAUUGACCAUGCUUUGCUCACCCCUGGAUGAGAUUGCAGGCUUUGGAGGGGAGAGUGGGGAUUAACUCUCUUUUCUUCAGUAUUGGAACCAAAAUAGUUCUAACCUGUAAGCAUCCUUUUAACCCAAUUAAAAUAUUAACAACCUCCUUGCUGGUUUUCCCAGAGGUGAGGCCAAUUCCUGGGAGAAAGCUAUCCUCUGGGCUUUUACAUACACAUCAAGGGAAAUGUGAGAUGCCACCAGUAAUGCAGCCGGGCGCCCUUUCAGGCUCCUGUUUCAUUUUACAGGAGCACUUUGUAUGUUUGCAGAUGGGCAGACUGGCAUGUUGAGAAAAUUUAGGGGGAGCUUGUUGGGAGAAAGUUGGUCUCAUGCAUUUCUGCAUUUAUUUAGGAUUUGAGGAUUGUGUGUGUGUGUGUGUGUGUUUUACAAAAGGAUGGGGAAAAGAUGCGUAUGUGCCUAGCAUAGGAGGAGUCUGUGUGAUUAAGCAGCAGGUUUUUAAGUGCUUGAGAGGAGUAUUCAUGUCUCUCUGAUACGUUCAUUCAUGUCUGGAGCUGGUGUGGAUUUGUGUGUGUGUGUGUGAGAAAGUGUUUGUAUAUAUUCCACAGACAGUAUUUCAGAGAUGAGGGGUAGGAAGAAGGGAGAGGAAUUUAUGCCUUAUUCCUCUUGAGCAGUUGUUGGGGACCAUCCAUAGAUUGAGACUAGGGCAAGAAGCAAAUCCCCACCCCCCCCAGCAUCCCUUCCCCAAAGCACUUUUCAAGUGGCCUCCAGGCUCAUUUUCAAACCCUUAUAUUGUCAGAUUUCAUUAAAAAAAAAAAGUGGGGUGGAGCAAGUAAAAUAAGCAACAAUAGUAAUGCCUCACCUGCAUCACUGAGAAGAAAAACACGUAUUUUUCCUGAAUGCAGUCCAAACUUUGGGAUCCUGUCGCUUUCAGAGAGAGCUAAGCACAAGUUUUAACUCUCGUCCCCUGAAACCAGGGGCAUUUCCCCGUGCUUGAAACUGUGCCCCUUUUCAACAGCCUGCUCCUGUGCAUGCUUGCUUGAAAGUCAGCCCCACCGAGUAAUGCAAGACGGAUGCCUGAAUUUGUGCACAUAAGGACUACAGCCUUAAUCGCAUUAUUUUGAAGCCUCCUGUGGGAUCUUUUCUGGGAUGGGGCUGAAUUCCUCAAGAGUUUGGGAUUAACUGUACUUGGAUCUUGGCCACCCCAGCUGGCUGGCACUCUUGUGUGGCAAGAUCGAGAUCAUCUCACUACAGGCAUCGCCCACCUUAACGAAAACAUUGUUCAUCUGUACACAAGAAGGAUAUGCAAUUGACUUAGAAAUCUCCAGCUCCUCUGAUAAUGGCUUUCGGCGUAGAACGUCUUGGCCUGCGCUAAGAGUUUUAGAUCUGGGAUUGAUUCCCUCCUCUCUCAUAAUACCGAUUGGUUCAACAUUUGGUUUUACCACUGAAAUUGCACUAACUUUGCCACUUUUUCUUUAAAAAAAAAUACUGCUAUGGUAAAAACCUCCAAAUUGUCCUACGUUCUUAAUAGCUUACAUUCCUUGUUUUCUGGGAACUGAAACACUGGAAGCUGUUUCUCCUGUGGUUUUGCAAAGACAUGGGGGCACAUUGGGGAAAAAUGUGCUUAAUGAUCCAUGAAGAACAUAAUGUUGGAACUUAAUCCAUGGCACUGGUUUUGUCAGACGGGGGUUUUAGAACAACCUUGGGAAUGGUUAACUAUACAGUAUAUUUGUUACUUAUAUGUAACAUUGGAUGUCCAAGAUCUGGAGAGCACCCAGGUUCACAAGGAAAUGCUGGCUGUGCUAAACAAACCUUGAAAUUACCUGAAAAUAGAUGUAGGGUUCUACAGGCUUCUAACAUGGGGUAAUGAUUAUGGGCAUACUGAAGUGAUUGCCAAGCACUUUUCUUUGAAUUUCAUAUAUUUCUAGCACUUGGCUGGGCAGUGGCUAUUUGCACCUGAAUAUGACCAAAUUUUGGACAUUUACAGGAUAGUUCUAUCAACACUUAUUUUACCAGAGAUUAAGGUACGUAUUGCAGUUCCGACAUUAUGUGCAACUGGAUUUUAGGCACAGAUGCAGCUUGAAGGAGGAUCUUUAAUGCGUUUGAGUAUAAUGCAUGGUGCAACUCAGAGGACUCAGGCCUGGGAGUCUGAACAGAACUGGAUUCACACGAA